ACAGAAAACCGCUCCUCCUCCUCUUAACUCCAUCCCCACCUACCCCUCUCCGCUUCCUCGCACAUUCCCCCGAGAAGAGAACAAGCAGAUUUCGAAAUCAGCCGGAGAACCAACGGAAAAAGAAAAUAAUCCCCUCUCCCUCUCUGCUGCGCCGUCCCGAGAUGGCAACGGUGGCCAGGUCCCCGUCCCCGUCGCCGGCCGCGGCCAGGCCCUGCCCCGCCAUGCGGAGGAGCGCCGACUCCAACCCCUUCAAGCCCGCCGAUUGCCCGUCGCAGAGGAGCUCCACCUCCAAGGGCGGCGGCGGCGUCUGCGGGUGCCACCACUCCUCGCCCUCGCCGCGCCGGAGGUCCCUCUCCUCCUCCUUCGGGGAGAAGGAGAACGAGCCGCGGGACCGCACCCCCAAGCCCGCGGCGCGCUCUGGCGGCCCCAAGAACUUCAUGGCGCCCACCAUCUCCGCCGCGUCCAAGGCCGCCUCGCCCAGGAACAGCACCAGCAAGGUGCUCGGGGAGCGCAACCACGAGACGCCCCACCUCGCGCCCUUCUCCCCCGCCAACCUCGCGCACAAGCCCAAGGGGCCACCGCCCGAGGCGGGAGCCCCGCGCCGCCUGCGCCUCUCCUUCGAGGCCCCUCCCGCGGCCACCGCACCGCACGGCUUGCUCGCCGCGGGGAUGGAGGAUCCCGUGUUAGGCAGCGUGAACCACCACCACGCGGAGGCCAAUUCGGUGGGCGCGGAGCGCAGCCUGCGGCACUCGUUCGAGGCCCCUUCCGCGGCGGCCGCGUGGCACAGCCCGCUCGCUGGAGAUGAUGACGACGCGGGGAUGGAGGAUCCCGUGCGCGUGGGCGUGGGCGUCAACCGCCCGCACGCCGCGGCCGAUCCGGUGGGCGCGGAGCCGUCCCGGGCGGCCCUGUACGACCCCAAGACCAACUACACUUCGCCGCGGCCGCGGUUCCUCCACUACAAGCCCAACCCCCGCGUCGACAUCUACCGGCACGGCGGCGCUGGCGUCAGGCGCCUCGAGGACGGCUUCGCCUCCGCCUCCGCCUCGGAGAGCAGCGACGAAACCGACGCCACUGCCACCACGGAGGACGACCUCACGGAGGAGGAGCAAGGGCAAGCACAGCAAAAUCAUCUGCCGGGGGAACAGCCAGCUCUCGCCGCUCCACCUGAGGCUGCCGAGGCCUGCGUCCUGGCGCCAGAGCCCGCGCCGGGUUCGCCGCCGCCUCCUCUGCUGCUGUCACCGGAGGCUGCUGCGGUGACGCCAGAGCCGGCUCGCGUCCCUGCACCGGAGCCUAGGGCGACUCCUCCGCGAGCCCGUGCACUGACGCCGGAGCCGGAGCAUGGGGCGCGAGCUCCAGCCAAGAAGGGAUCCGCGUUGAGGUUCCUGCUCCCCCUCGCUUUCGUUCUGUUCAUGUCUGCUGCUUCCGUGUGCGUGCUGCUGCAGCCAGAUUCCCCGAUCAUGUCGAGGGCGUCCAGCUUUCUUUCAGUUCAAGAAUCACACCCUGUGGAGUUGGCUGCUUGGCUCAAGCAAUGGCCAAGCAGUUCGUUGGAUUCGAUCACGUCUUACUGGGAGGCCUUGGCUUCCACAUCCACACAAGAGCAAGAGUACUUUGGUCCGCAUUUCGCAGCCAACUGGAGUGCUGCAGCUGCCGAUGGUGACCAUGGUGCUGCUGCUGAUUUCUACUACAACUUCGCCGAGGCAUGGCCAGUGACGAGUGAAGAGCCUAUUAGCAGCGCCAAUGCCUUGCCUGCAGAGCCGGAAGAAGAAUCAGUUGAUGAUGCUGGAGUGGGAGAAGAAUCUGAUGCAUCAGACUACUACGACAUGGUAGUAGAUGAGCUUGAUGUUGAAAUGUCAGAAGAAGCUCCUGGUAGCAGCUAUGGUGCCACUGUCUUGGAGGAGCAGUUGAAGAUCCAGGAUGCAGUUUCUGAAGCAAGCAGUGCUGACUUGAUUGCAGAAUCAGAGGGUGUUGCUGCAGUGGUAGAAGAAGAAUCUGAUGCAUCAGACUACUCCAAGGCAGUAGAUGAGCGGGCAUCAGAAGCAGCUCCAGGUAGCAGCAAUGGCGAAGAGAUCAGUCAGGAUUUGGGCACCCCGUCUGAACCUGCUGAGCUGCGUGAGCAAGAUGUUGAGAGUGAAGAGCCCGAGGACAAUCACGGCAAUGGCAAGGAAGACAAGGAGCCGCAUCUUGGUCUUGAGUCGGAUUCCAGCAUGUCGCCAAGCUACUUGGACAGAAUCUCAAAGCCUGCAGCAGCAGCAGGUGUUGCCAUUGUCGUGGUCAUUCUUUCAGCCAGCAUUGCUGCCCUUUCCAUGAGGAAGAAGCAAGCUCAGGUUGCCACAAGUGCCAAUGCACCAGCUGAGCAAGCCGAGGAAGCUGAGACUCGAUCUGGUUCAGCGAGCAGUGAGGGCCAUCGUCUUGUCAAGUCUCCUCAGGCAGAAGAAACUGAGCGAUUUGGUGACUCUGGUUUCUCUCAGUACAGCAGCAGCUUGUCGUCUGGCCAUGGCCAUGGCAGGGGGAAGACCAAGGAGGAAGAGAACGUCGGCCUCGAGCCCGCGUCCAAGAGGGAGUCCAUGUCAUACUCCACAUCAUCCUAUGGCAGCUUCACGACCUAUGAGAAGAUCGCUGCCAAGAAAAGGAACAAGGAUGAUGAGGCGAUGACCCCGGUCCGGCGCUCCAGCAGGCUGCGGAGUGUCAAAUCACCCGAGGCCGAGUCUAGUUAGUGCUCUAACUACCACCAUUCAGGGCACCUAACUCGACGUAGCUGCUUGCCCAGUUCCACGCACCUUGUUAGACAGAUGUAUGAUGAUUGAUAAAAUACAGCUUUCUGCUGUUAUGUUCUGCAGAAUUGAUUAGUUGAUAGGAUUUAUGUUUGUGGUUUGAGAUUGCUUUUAAAACUGCACAAGUGAUUGUGGGCAAUUCCCUUGUAUUGUUCUCUGAUUGAGAUGAAUCUUCUUAUGAACCUCCAUACUGAGAGUUGAUCCCAUCCAAUACAUUCGAUUUUCUUUAA